UGCACGCACUAUACCUCUACAUCACUGAAUUUUUGGAGGAUGGAAAGAAGAGUUUGAUACACAUAGCUCAGCACAACAUUGAGAUGGACUUGGACUACAUGCGAUGGGUGCUAUGGCUUAUAACACCAGUGAUUAUAGUCCUUCUUCUACCCCUGAUCAUCAUGAUUCUAUUGUAUGGGUCCGCUCUAUUUCUCACCAUUCACAAGCACCGGCAUAGAUUGUAUGAAGUGCUGGAAAGCAGAGACGUUUGGGAAGGUGCGCGCUGUGCAUUGGCUAGCUUUUGGGAUGCAUGGGGAUGGCUGUGGCACGGCUACGAACUCGAAGGACUAGAAAAAAUACCGGACAGAGGUUCGGCCAUGCUGGUAUAUUACCAUGGUGCGAUUCCUGUAGAUUUCUACUACAUGGCUGCAAAGAUCAUUCUGCAUAAACGCAGAAACAUGAAGGUCAUAGGAGACAGAUUCCUCUUCAAGGUCCCAGGUUGGAAACUGCUAAUGGAAGUGUUUAAUGUGAUACCUGGUUCACAGGAUAGUUGUGUAGAGCUGCUUAACCAGGGUGAGUUGAUGGGCGUCUCACCAGGGGGCGUUCGAGAAGCCAUGUUCUCCGAUGAAAACUACACGAUCCUCUGGGGUAGACGAUCAGGGUUUGCCAAGGUGGCACUCCGUGCAAAUGCACCUGUAUAUCCGGUCUUCACAAUGAAUGUCCGAGAAACAUUUCGAUAUUUGCAUAUUGGAUUCUUUAAGAGUUUGCUGAAAAAAUUCUACGACAUGUAUAAAUUGCCAUUGUUACCUCCGUAUGGCAAUUUCCCAGUGUAUAUAAAGACAUUCAUAGGAGACCCAGUUCCCUAUAACUCUGACACUAGUGCCGAGGUGCUUGCUUCUGAGGUGAGUGUGAUUGACGUUUCCAUCUCUUAA